AUGAUCACACGCUUCAUCACUGAGGUCAACACCAAGUUCAACCCCUUCUCCACAAAGUCGAGGUCGGCCCGGCUGUUCCUCUCGUUUCUGCCCCCAACGGCGCGCAGCCAGGGAAUGGCCAUCCAGACGAAGCUGCUGCCGCGGACAUCAGCCGACAAGGCGUCUCUGCAGGUGAAAUUCAAGGACGGCAAGCUACUGGACCUCGACUGCGAGAACUUGGGGAUCAAGGGCCUUGUGGAGGAGUGUGACCGACACUCGCGAGCACUACAGAAGCAGGCUGACCUGGCGGAUGCGUAG